GACGAGGGCGCGAUGGUCGGGCAACGGCAACGCGCGCGCAUGUCAGUCAGUGUCCGCGGCGCCGGUGGACGCCAACACCUGCGCGUGCACAUAUAUCAACAACGCGAAAGUCGACCUGCUUGCUUUUUAUUAUUUGUAUUCACGCGGUGUACAUAACAGACACGCUCCUAUAGAAAGGAUAGUAUCGUCCUUUCGUUGUUCCACGCCCGAUUUACUGAGCAUCCGUACACAUUUAAUUAGUCGAUAGAGAAACCUACCCAAAGAUGGCUACCAUAUACAAUUGGUACAGAGACCUAAUGGACAAUAGGAGUGAUCCCCGUGUGAAGGACUGGCCGAUGAUGUCAUCGCCAUGGCCCACGCUAGCUGCUUGUGUCUGCUACGCGUACUGUUCGCGGGUGCUGGGCCCGAGGUUUAUGGCGAAUCGGAAGCCCUUCGAACUGCGCAGCGUGCUAGUCAUUUACAACCUUGCACAAACAAUAUUCAGCGCCUGGAUAUUCUACGAGUACUUGAUGAGCGGCUGGUGGGGUCAAUAUAACUUUACGUGUCAACUUGUCGACUAUUCCCGAAGCCCAAUGGCUAUGAGGAUGGCGAACACAUGCUGGUGGUACUACUUCAGCAAGUUCACGGAAUUCAUGGACACGCUUUUCUUCGUGCUGCGCAAGAAAAACGAACACGUGUCUACUCUGCAUGUGAUACACCACGGCAUCAUGCCCAUGUCCGUGUGGUUCGGACUCAAAUUUGCACCAGGUGGUCACAGCACAUUCUUUGCCCUACUCAACACGUUCGUCCAUAUCGUGAUGUAUUUCUACUACAUGGUGGCUGCUAUGGGUCCCAAGUACCAGAAAUACAUCUGGUGGAAGAAGUACCUCACUGCCUUCCAGAUGGUCCAGUUCGUGAUGAUCUUCACUCACCAGCUGCAAGUACUGUUCCGGCCGUCGUGCCAGUACCCUCGCGUAUUCGUCUACUGGAUCGCGAUGCACGGAUUCCUGUUCCUGUUCCUCUUCAGCGACUUCUACAAGGCGAGGUACACCAAGACCGACAGGAAAGCACGCAACAACGGACUUUGUAUGACCGUCAUGGAUGACAGCAGCAGUUCGCUGAACGGCAAGAACGGGUACAAGCAGGAGGUGGAGCCCGAGGUGCCCAGCUCGUACGCGUCGUCCGGCGCGGACGCCUUCGUGCGGCGCCGGCCCGUGUCAUAGUGCCGCUAGUGCCACAGGCCGCACUGUGUUCUAAUGUUACAAAGACCAUCUCGAACCUUCCACGUUAGUGUCCAUCCGCCGCUCACCUGAGACUGAUGUUUUACACUACGAGACUGUCUGUGUAAGUCGCUCGUGCAAGAUGCGACGUGAGUGCAUAGUGCGCUGACCCCGGCCCGUCCGGCUGGCCCGUCGUCGCGGUCGAAUAAUGUUUCAGACUAUAUUUCUACAAUGAAUUUAGAUAUAAACAUUAUUACUUCUAUAAAGUUUGUUGAUGCACAAAGUCACUAUUUUGGAUCUUGCUUGGAUUGUCUGCCUUGUAAUUGUUUUAAGUACAAAGUAUGAUUAUUGAAAAUUUCUAUAAACUGUUGAAAAUCAAAGUCUCGAUUGAUGUGAAAUCUAGUCGCGUUUAGGCGAUGUG